GCUUGACGCUGCUGCUCUGCUCUGCUCUGUGUUGCUGCUGUCUUUGCAGAGGAAUGUCGCUGCUGCUCUGCCUCUGUCGGGAUGGAGGACUGACAGAUGUUUUGAGACAAACAUGUCGGGACUGCAGUGUCUUAUCUUCUUAAAUAACCGUGAAUGAUGCUCAAAACAACAUAAUAGUUACCUCCACCUCUGACUGGCCACCAAGAUCAUCCAGUCAGGUUUAAGGGAGCCGCUGCUAAAUUCAGAGUCAAUAUUUAGUAAUUUGGCUUCAUAUUUGCUUCUAAGCAUGGACCAUUAAUUUCCUCAGCCAUCAGGACACACGGUUACACUUUUCCUUCGGUUGUUGCGUGACGAAUUGUCAGGGGAGUUCCACUGUACUACCGCGUGUUACUGGAGAAGCUCGUGAAGCCCCGUCAAGAUGUUUUCGGCGCUUAAGAAGCUGGUGGGAUCCGAGCCAGGGCAGUUCAGGGACAAGAACAUUCCGGCUGGCCUGCAGUCGAUGAACCAAAGCUUGCAGAGACGCUUCGCCAAAGGGGUCCAGUAUAAUAUGAAAAUAGUCAUCCGGGGAGAUAGAAACACUGGAAAGAGUACUUUAUGGCAUCGACUGCAGGGCAAGAAGUUUGUGGAGGAGUACCUACCCACUCAGGAGAUCCAAGCCACAAGUAUCCAUUGGAAUUACAAAACUACUGAUGAUGUGGUCAAGGUAGAGGUGUGGGACGUGGUAGACAAAGGCCAAAAAUAUCCUCUUCCUGAAGGUGUAGGCAAAGGCAAAAGACGCGGAGAGAACUUGAAACUGGAGAAUGAGCCCCAAGAGUCAGAUGAGGUGGCACUGGAUGCAGAGUUCCUGGAUGUGUACAAGAACUGUAAUGGAAUCAUCAUGAUGUUUGACAUUACCAAGCAGUGGACAUUCAACUAUAUCCUGAGGGAACUGCCCAAAGUACCCACCCAUGUGCCCGUGUGUGUGCUGGGAAACCACAGGGACAUGGGCGAGCAUCGCGUCAUCCUCCCCGAUGAUAUAAGAGACCUGAUAGCUGGACUUAACAGACCAAUGGGAGCAUCUUACAUCCACUAUGCUGAAUCAUCAAUGAAGAAUGGGUUUGGCUUGAAAUAUCUGCACAGGUUUUUCAACAUCCCCUUCCUGCAGCUACAGAGAGAGACCCUCCUGAGGCAGCUGGAGACAAACCAGCUGGACAUGGAUGCCACCCUGGAGGAGCUGUGUGUCCAGCAGGAGACUGAAGAUCAAAACUAUGAGAUUUUCCUGGAGAACUUGGAGUCUCGCAAGGUCUUUGGCUCUCCAGGUCCAGCUAAUGGUCAGAGUCCCUCCUCGGGCUCCCAGUCCCCUAUUGUCCCUCCAAGUGGGGCCUCCACAGGCAGCUCCAGCCCCAGCACCCCUCAGCCCCCCGUUCCCUCCCAGGUGCUCCCACAGUCACCAUCUGUGGCCGCUCCCCCCCCUCCACCUCCGUCUGCAGUGGUCAGCGGGGCGGCUUCACCUGCUGUUGAGUUAAAGCCAUCGGCCCAGUCGCCCGAACACCUUCAGGCCUCAACUGCAUCUGGAGCGUCGGCUCCCCAGAAACGCGGCUUCAUCUCCCGCUGGUUUGGUUCAUCUCCCGCUGCUGAGGCUGCUGCUUCUGCACCAGACGACCCGCCUGCACCAGCGUGUCCUGGUAAGGUUCAGAGUGUGGAUGAUUUUGUGCCAGAUGAGAGACUGGAUAGAAGCUUCCUGGACGACAGCCUGCCCUCCAAGACCAAGAAGCCUCAGCCUGCUCCGACUGUGGACAGCGACAGUGAUGGUGAAGACAGAGGAAACCCCAUGGUGUCUGGUUUCCAUGAUGACCUCGAUCUUGACGACACUGAGCCCAGCCUUCCCCAACCGAAGACCCUGCCCCUCAGUAAAGACAUCACUCUGACCAGUGACGAGGAGGAAGGAGUGCCGGCAGCACCCACUAUCACACAGGUCCAAGACCUGGACAGUGAACCUGAGCUGAAAGCGCCUGUGAUCCACAUCACAAAACUAAAGGUGGCAUCUAAGGCUCCAGAGCCCAGAGGCCAGAGCGCAGCACCCAUCUCCCUCACUUUGACUCCAGCAGCGGAGCAGCUGCCUCGACACCAGGGCAAGAAGAAGGGAGGCACACCCAAAGCUGAGGACUCUGAUACAGACCCAGAGGCCCCUGUGGCCCAUCAGAUGCUCUCGUUUAUCAUGGAUGACCCCGACUUUGAGUCUGAAGCAUCAGACACACCAAAAAUAGUUAAGGAUUUAUUUCCACUCAGAGAUGAGCUUCUGUCCGACCUCUCCGACGAUGACUUGCAGUUAGCCAAGGUGCCAGAACCUCUGAAGCCCACUGUGAUCUCCUUCAAACACAAGGACGAUACCGACCUGUUUGGCCUCGGCAUCCAAGAAGAGGCUUCGGCAGCCAAGGACAGCAGCGAGGAGCAGGAUGAGAAAGAAAGCAAACUCGCCUCCAAAGACAAGAAGAAAAAGAAGAAGAAAAUCAAAGAGGAGGAUGAAAAGAACAAGAAGAAACACAAACACAAGAAAAAGGAAAAAGAAGAAGUUACCGCGGCCGGAGACGAGAAAAAGAAGAAGAAAUCCCGGACCAAGAAAACAGACGUGGACGAGUUGGAGGACUUUCUGGGCGGAGGAGCAGGAUCGAUCAAAAGAGAUGACGGUGAUUAUGAAGAACUAUAAAAAAACAACAACCUCCUGGUUCCUUGACUUGUAAGAGCAUAAAGCAUCUCCAAGCCAUACGCAAUACGCAAGGCUACCGACAACACCCAGGUAAAAAUAACUCUGGUACCUGUAUGUUCCCUCUGAUUGAUUUCCCCAUCUGCACUACUGCUGUCACUUCCAUUCCAGCCAAUAGGAAACGGCGAGGAGACCCACGUGUACUGUAGUGAGUCGUGACAUUAAAAUUUGAUGAUCGGUGUGUAGCCACGGACUGGCUCUUUGUACUCUUGACAUGAUUGAAUAUGUUUGAUUUGAUACACUCUGCAAGCGAUCCACUCCCAGUCAGCUGCUGUAAAUAGGGUUACCAUUAUGUCUGAAUUUGUUUGUUCGGUGUAAUUAUGGAGAGCAUGCUUAAAAGUGACGACCGACUCCUUAGAGACUCCACAGUGUUCUGUCUUUUCUUUCUCUCCUACUUGUUGGCUUAAGUGCUUAAUGGCAGAUUUAGUCUUGUGUCUCUAAAUAUAAACACUGAGGAAGAACUUCAGAGUGAGUUGAUUUCACCAACAAAGGAAAUGACUCCCCCUGCUUCACUCUCGCAGUACGUCCACACUGAGCCGCCUACAUCUGAAAACACUUUCGCUCUGUUUUGGCAUCCACCCACACUAAGUCAGCAUUUUUCUUAAAUGGUCUGGAAAUGCUGGCGUUUCAGGGUGGACCAGGGAGAAACAAUGAUGAGAAGAGAAUUCUCUCUAACUCUCUCUGUGAUCACUCUUUUUAAGUGUCAUAUACAGCUGAUCACACAAUACAGAGUUUACCAUUAACUAUGAAUGUUGAUUUUGUCACACGGAGGACAGAAUGGACAUUUAACCAAAUGAGACUGAGAUAUGUACCAGGAUUAGACCACGAUAUAAUGGUGUCGGGAAAAUUAGCAUUGGGCACGACCGUUUUAUCCCUUGUAUUGUGUCAUACAAUGGAAGGCAACCGAUUCAGCAUCUGGGACGCCUCACAACGUUGACAACGUCUAUGACGUGUUCCGUGACGUUAACGUGUGGGCACACAGAGCGCUCUCUCCACACACAGCUGUAAACAUGGAGAAGAGAUAUGAUGAGCCAGAUGCUUGCUGCUGACUUGGAAGGAAAAAGAUGCGAUGAGCACGAAUUGUUCCAGGUUCACUUUCAUUCCUAAAGCUGUGUUUACUUCUGUAAACAUUCAGUCCCGUUGUACUGCAGUCUGCCACGUCUCUUGGCCAAGUCACAGCGACAAUGUAUGACACUUACCCUCUUUAAAAUGCGGCUUUAAAAUGCGUUUUGGGUGAUCGGAUUGUAAUCAGAUAGUGCUGGAAUACAUGAAAGUUUCAGGUGUAAAUGCACACAAAAUGCAUAGUAGUGAUGCACGGGUCAACCCACAACGUUUGGCUCAGCUUACUAGCAAAUAUCACAGGUUCACAAAGCAGGGUUCAGUUAGUUAUUAAUAACUUACAGAAACAAUGCAUGCAACAGUCCACCUCCCAACUUCUCUCUGUUACUCUCUUAAACACAGCGAGCGCCGCUCAGUCCUUAUCCUUGUCUCUGUCCUUGUCUCAGUCCUCAGUCCUGACAAUUGUGCUACUAUAAGUUGCAUAAAGUUGGCCAUUUGCGGGUCCGUGUUUGAUUAACGUAUGGUUUUGUAGGUCGGGCGGUGCGGAUUGGUUCUCAUAAUUGGUCAGGUGGGUGCGGGUAAUAAAAACCCUGCCCCGUGCAUCACUAGUGGGUGAGAAAUACGUAAUCGCUCACUGGACCCAUUUGGUUGUUUGAGCUGGACAGAGUGAUCAGAUCUCAGUGUGGACACUGGAGACACAUUUUAAUACCAGGUUUUAAAUGUUAUCAGGUUAAAUCAUAUCUCGAUAAUCUGGAUAUGAAACACAUUUCAAGGCCAGGUGUACAGUGACCAUCUUGAAAGACAAAAACAUUGUGUAGUCUGAUCCCAGGUUUUCAACAAGAAAGUGUAACGCAAACGCGUGUCCUGCCGGCUCAAUGUGGACGUAGUCUUGGUGUGAAACUGACCCCACAUGUCCUCACCAGGGAUUUCAUGAUUUCAUUCCACUGAUCAAAACAGCUCCUGCCCCGUUAGCUCAAAUGAACAAUUGACAAACGAACUUAACGGCCACCUUUUCUCUGCUUCACCCUGUGAAGGCGACGUACAAAUUCUCCUCGUGUUUUCUGCAAUUGCCUUAAUGGAGGUUACUUCAAGGGGAAGGAUGUGCCGCUAUCCUCAUGAACCAUUUUUAAGUGUUCUUACUGUAAAAUGUUAGGUAACUCGGGGCGGGGGGGGGGUCAGAAUGUUGUCCUAGCCUUUUAUUGGUGAAACGGUCUAAAGCAUUUCUGAAGCCUGUUAUAAGAUUGCAGUGAAUCAGUACAUUUGUUUGUCUUUUUGUUUUUGUUUGAUUCUCGUUGGACAGCAUCCUUCUAAAGGAGUAUUAUGGAAUUGUGUUAAUAUUUUCCAAGAUUUCCUCAUUGUUUUAUCCUUGUGUUAUUUAUUGCUUCUAUUUUUGUUUUGUUGCAAAAAUGUCAGGCUUUAGUUUGCGCGAUUUGUGCUGAAACUGUCCUCAACGGUCAAACACAUGCAGCUUUUUUAUGGAUUACGGUUGUUCAUAUCUCCUAACCUGUAAUACAUUUCUCCAAAUGGUUUACUCCCACUACUUUUAAGGACACGUACGUGGUGAUAUGGACUACGUACAGUACAGUAUCUUCCAUAAAUCACUAAAAUGUUUCAAAUAAGUGAAGCAUUCUUGCAUCUAAGAGAAAUUAUGUGUAUUUUUAGACUUGAAAGAUUUCAUACAGUUUCCAUCUCCAGUACAUAUAUACGGUUACACUCUUGUUGGUUUACAAAGAAAUUAUGUUUGAUAUUCCAAAGUUGAAACUAUGCAGCAUUGAUCCUGAAUACUGUGUGCUAUCUUUUUUGUUUUUGUCUUUUGUCAUGUGAUUGAGGAUAAAUGCUGAAAGCACAGUUUCAAGCAAAGCAUGAGACUUAAAUGUACAGCAAGAAAAGAAUGUAUAAAAUAUAUAAAUAAAUCCAUAUAUCUGAAGAGCUUUGUUCCAAAAAUGAUGCAUACACCGUGUGGAAACAAUGUCACUGAAAUCCUAUAAAAUUAUCUAGACAGGAAAGAUCCAGUAGGGAAAAUUCCUGCAAAUUUUAAUCUGCUGUCCGGAGUAAUAAUGAUGAGAAUGGAUAUGCACUUUGGAAAUGUUGUCUUUCAGGUAUUUUUUUUCCAAAUGGACAUGUGACAUUUUGGAAUGAAACCCUUCAUUUAUUUUUCACCCCAUGACAUGUUCCAUCUUUACACUGUGUGAGUUUGCCUAUGUUUGGUUUGUCCAAUAAAUGCAAACUUAUUUCUUCAUAAAGAACAUUUCUUGUGUCUUUAAACAAUUGUUUCACCCUUGAAAACAAUUUAAAAAACACCACGAUUUGGACGAUUCUGGGCUGUGACAUCAAGUCUCUUAAUGGUGCUGAAAUGAAGCCAGAACCUGUGAUCAUCCAGCUCACAGUGAUGUCGUCAUAACGCUCCUCUGUCCUUCUAAAGAAAGAAAAGACAGAAGAUGUUAGUUGCACUCAAGCAAUCCAUGAUGUUGGAAUUAUAUUUAUUAAUUCUAUUUUUAAACUCUACAUUUUUUUGUUGCAUGAAAAAUGGGCGUGUUUUACCUUUAGGAAUGUGUUUUGUUAUUUCUGUGAAAGAGAGAUUUGAGAGUUUAGUUACCGUCUUCCUUAUGUGAAUUUACUAUAAUCUGUAUUAAAGAGAAAUCAUGUCAGUUUA